AUGGCAGCUACCAGCCCGUCAGAGUUUAGCAAUCCAUUAAGGAAAUUUAAGUUGGUAUUUCUGGGUGAACAGAGCGUUGGGAAGACUUCGUUGAUUACACGAUUUAUGUAUGAUACUUUUGACAACACGUAUCAGGCUACAAUUGGGAUAGAUUUCUUAUCGAAAACAAUGUACUUGGAAGACCGUACCGUGCGGUUGCAGCUAUGGGAUACUGCUGGACAGGAACGUUUUAGAAGUCUCAUUCCCAGUUACAUUAGAGAUUCCUCUGUGGCCGUAGUUGUGUAUGAUAUUACAAACCGAAAUUCAUUUAUGAACACUGCGAAAUGGAUCGAUGAUGUUCGUGCUGAACGUGGUAAUGAUGUCAUCAUUGUAUUAGUCGGUAACAAGACCGAUUUGAAUGAUAAGAGGCAAGUUUCAACAGAUGAAGGAGAAAAGAAAGCCAAAGAAUUCAGUGUUAUGUUUAUUGAAACGAGCGCAAAGGCUGGUCAUAAUGUCAAAACACUUUUCCGGAAGAUUGCGCAAGCUCUUCCUGGAAUGGAGAAUACAAUGAAUGAACCACAGAAUCAGCUUAUCGACGUCAACAUUAAUUCUGGAUCACAGAAUAAUAACGAAGGCUCGGGUUGUACUUGUUAA